ACUGCAAUUUACGUAUAUACGGGCUCUCUGUCCCACCUCCCAGGGCAAACAGAGAACUGACUUGUUCCUGACAAAGAUAUUAUAAAUAUACUCUGACAGAGGUAGUUCCUGCUUCCGAGCCGGCCUGUCACAGAGUAGAGACUGGGUGUGGUUUAGACUCACCCAGCCUAUCGUUGAUUGUUGGCGCAGAGGCUGGUCCCAGCCCCCUAAGCGCUUCAGUGGUCAGUCGUUGUAGCUGUGUAGAAUAUACAGUUAUCAGGCACCUGGCUCCUGUUAUCUAACAAAAUACCGUUUGAUCUCUCAACACUACGUUCUGAAUGUGUCCCCCCCCAACUCAUUGCACAGUUCCUGUCUUCAUGUCAUUCUGUAUUUUUCCAUCAUGAGAAAGGCCCAUGGCCCUGAAACUGUUAACAAUGUUUCAAGUCAGCCAUGUUGCAUAACACAUACAUCCACACAAGCCAACAGCAGAUAAUAUUCAAUCACAUAUGAUAUGGUAACGGGCUAUAGUGCAUAACACAGAACCUCACAGUACCUGCUAUAACUCCUGACAUACAGAAAAUGUGACAAUGUCAGUGACACUGUUUAAUCUAUGUUUUCUAUCAAGGCAUUACAAAAACAAAACAUUUACUUGUUGAAAUAAAGUAGAAAUGCUGUUAGCGGAGGUCCAAUUCACAAACGUUGCUCUCUAGGGAGCAAUUGAAGAAUUUUUAUUAAAUAUGUUAUAAAUAAACCAAGAGACCACAGCCCAUCGUUUCAAACGGAAACAAAUUAGUAAUAGUGGGCAGAACAAGCAAGGAAGUGGGCAGAGCCAAGUAUGAGCUAGCGAGAUCCUAUUGGCGCGUUCUAGCAUUUGCAUAUUUCCGUUAGAGAACCCAUACUCUGAAGUGCGCGUGUGCCAUAAUGCUAAAUUCGACUUUGCACUCCUAAACAAAUCAAAAAAAUAUUUUUACUUUGGGAAAAGGUCCAGUCUAAAAACGUAAUCCACUCUGAUUCUAGUUUAAGGAACACAAAACUGUAUUCAGAUCAAAUGUUUAAUCAAUGACAAAACAAGCAGAAAGUCGGUCAAAAUCCAUCUCCUCCCACUGCCAACCACUGAGCUUCCUCUCACUACCAUAUUUGGAUACGUCACAUUUAUACAUAUGGUGAAAUAUGUAUCAUUGUUCUAUCUUUGCUUUGAUCACUUGAGGGUUGAUAUGACCCACAAUUCAAUGCAAACUUUAGACACGUGUCAAAUUUAAUCAACACUGCUGCAUUAUCGACAUGUCAGACAAAAUUAUGACGUUAGCUUGCAUAAAAAUAGUUCAAAAGUUUGGACACAUCUACUCAUUCAAUGGCUUUUGUUAAUUUUUUUACUAUUUUCUACAUUGUAGAAUAAUAGUGAAGAAAAACUAUGAAAUAACACAUAUGGAAUCAUGUGGUAACCACAAAAGUGUUGAACAAAUCAAAGUAGAUUUUAGAUUCUUCAAAGUAGCCAGCCUUUGCCUUAUUUGCACAUGCUUGGCAUUCUCUCAACCAGCUUCAUGAGGAAUGCUUUUCCAACAGUCUUGAACGAGUUCCCAAUAUAAUUAUUUUCAUUUAUUUAACCUUUUAACUAGGCAAGUCUGUUAAGAACAAAUUAUUAUUUACAAUGACGGCCUACCCGGCCAAACCCGGAUGACACUGGGCCAAUUGUUUGCUGCCCUAUGGGACUCCCAAUCACGGCCGGAUGCGAUACAGGCUGGAUCAUGUGCUGAGCACUUGUUGGCUGCUUUUCCUUCACUCUGCGGUCCAACUCAUCUCAAACCAUCUUAAUUGGGUUGAGGUCGGCUGAUUGUGGAGGCCAGGUCAUAUGAUUCAGCACUCCAUCACUCUCCUUCAAAUGAUAGUCCCACUAAGCACAAACCAGAUGGGAUGGCGUAUUGCUGCAGAAUGCUGUGAUUUCCAUGGUGGUUAAGUGUGCCUUGAAUUUUAAAUAAAUCACAGACCGUGUCACCUGCAAAGCAGCCCCACACCUACUCCAUGCUUCACGGUGGGAACUACCCAUACAUUUGGACACAUCACAUUUCAGACCAAAGGACAGAUUUCCAUUGGUCUAAUGUCCAUUGCUCGUGUUUCUUGGCCCAAGCAGGUCUCUUCUUAUUGGUGUCUUUAGUAGUGGUUUGUUUGCAGCAAUUCAACCAUGAAGGCCUGACUCAAAGUCUUCUCUGAACAGUUGAUGUUGAUCUGUCUGUUACUUGAACUCUGUGAAGCAUUUAUUUGGUCUGCAAUUUCUGAGGUGCAGUUAACUCUAAUGAACUUAUCCUCUGCAGCAGAGGUAACUCUGGGUCUUCCUUUCCUGUGGUGGUCCUCAUGAGAGCCAGUUAUAUCAUAGUGCUUGAUGGUUUUUGCGAGUGCACUUUAAGAAAUGUUCAAAGUUCUUAAUAUUCUGGAUUGACUGACCUUCAUGUCUUAAAGUAAUGAUGGAAUGUUGUUUCUCUUUGCUUAUUUGAACUGUUCUUGCCAUAAUAUGGACUCUGUCUUUUACCAAAUAGGGCUAUCUUCUGUAUACCUUGUCACAACACAACUGAUUGUCUCAAACGCAUUAAGGAAAGAAAUUCACCAAAUUAACUUUUAACAAGGCACACCUGUUAAUUGAAAUGCAUUACAUGUGACUACCUCAUGAAGCAGGUUGUCACGUACGAGUGUAUCUUAAAUGUCCCUUGCCUAAGCGAGGGACAGUAACGAUCGGAAAGGCAAUGUCCUUGGUGAAAAUCUUGAAGUUGAGCUUAAAAACAACCAACCUAAAGCUAUUAAUGUACAUAGCAAGCCAUCAUAGCAAGGUAGCACUGCUGUCAGGUAGCUAGCUACCCAUAGUUAGUUUUAUAGUUUGGUCAUUUAUUCCAAUAUAUUUCAGAAUUGCCAAAAAUGUUUAUGAAGCUAGCUACAUUUUAUAAGCUCCUCACUACGAGACUAAGCCCAUUUGCCAACGCUAAAAUCAAUGUAAUUUCUAUAUAUUUUUUUUAGCAUGCAAGCAUAAUUUUGUCUGACAUGCCUAAAAUGCAGCCUUGUUGAUUAAAUUUGACACUUCAGUGACUAUAGUUUGCAAUGAAUUGUGGGUCAUAUCAACACCGCAAGUGACAAUGUCUGCGUUUCAAACUCAAAGUAGACAGCCCUCGGCCCUAUGCCCUUUGGGGAAUCUCCAAUGCCAUAUUUGUCAUUGGUCCAAACGAUUAGCAAAGCAAGGAACGUUUGCAACGUAAGCCCCUCAGCCCUCGUUUUUAAUGGAGUUUGCGAGUGUACAAUUAUGUUCACUUCGGGGCCUGAAACGUCCCAUAAUUCCAUUCACGAUGAAUACAUCCGCUAAGAAAAUUCUGCCAAAACUUAAAACCUCAACUUCAAUAUGGAGUCAACAUACAAGUGGUCCAAAGGCUGUGAUGAGGAUCCUGGUGAAAGGACUUCAUUUGAGCAGAACGCCAGAGAGAAAGACGACCAACUGCAUCAAAAUAGACCACAGCCACCUGCAGAAGAAGUAGAAGGACUUGAACAGAACAGGUCAGGCCACAGAGAGAAGGAUAGUGGACUAGAGUUAGUGAAGAGAGAGCAGGAAGAGUAUGAUGUCAUUUCACUACAUACAUCAGUAAGUGAACAUGGCACAGAGAGAUCAGAUCAUGAGGAAACUGAGUUUGCUGUGGAUGAGAGAGAGAGUCAGCUCUGGGAGUCUUUAACAGAGCGCAACUGUGACUCGGAGGGUCCAGAUUACCAUAAGUGCACGGAACAAUAUCCACUGGAUCAAGAUACAGACAUACAGCUCAUUCAAAGUGCAGUGGAGGGUCUCGAAAGCAUUCCAUCGUCCGAGAUGGGUGACAUUAACAGAGUUAUGAAAGAAGAGAUGCGAGCACAGUCUGUUUGGAAUGACAGAAGGACCCCUACAGAUUUGGUUCAGGCACAGCCAGGACAGCACAGAGAAACCAUGCACCCAGAGAGAACCCAGGAUGGGACAACUACCAGAGUGCCAUCAGACAAACAAACACUAGCCAAUGAGGGUGCAGGAUAUUCAAAUGUUUGGCUAAACAACGUAUUCUCACUUGCCCCAAAUUGUUCAAAUGGUUUCAACUCAGCAAAGGUAUCCCCAAGGAGAACCCCAGCAAGAGAGAAGUGGUUUGUUUGCUCCUUUUGUGGAAAGAGCUUUGACCGGUUUGGUCACCUGGAGAUGCAUCAGCGGAUUCAUACGGGAGAAAAACCGUACAGCUGUGUCACGUGCGGGAGGUGUUUCGCUCAGCAGAGUAAUCUCCGCAGACACCAGCGAGUACACAGGGCCUCACAACAAAGCAAACUGUCUACUGAUCGUUAUCACCAUGACUAGACAACUAAGAACAUUGUGGAACAACAUUUUCUAAUGACUGAGAACAGAGUUGAUAAGACCAUCAAGACACUUGCAGAAAGCAGCAGUGUGUUACUUUUGUCUUCCCAUUCUAUAAAGUGAGAGCAGUGAGACCCUACCACAACUGUUGCACUAGUGGUGCUUAUAUACUGUAGUGAGGGAUCAGAGUUGCCGGUUUUACAGCUUCCUGCUUGUAACCUUUUAAGGAACGCUUAAGAGGAUCUCCAUCUUUAAGUUUUUGUAGAGAUAUGCCAGACUAACACUACAAUGGACAUGCUUUUGUCAAUGCAUACAUUUGUCUGAAUAAAAAUUUGAAUUAUCCAA